AUGCAAGGGGGCUUCGCCUCGGUGCCGGGCCCGGACGGCAAGCCAUGCUUCGUGGGGCGCGUCAUGGACGGUUCUCUGGCGGCGGGAAGCAACGACUUCAAGGAGUGGGUAGGAGCUCUCACGCAGAAAUGGCUGGAUGAGAACGAGGUCCGGUGGCUGAUAGCGACGAUCGCUCCCUCUGGGACGGUCAUGUGGGCCGACACGCGGAGCGAGGGGUUCAAAGCCGCGCUCAAAGCACCGGUGGGGUCGGAGGAGCGCAUCAACGCCGUCUCCAGUCUCUUCGCCGUCUUCCCUUGCCCGACCCCGGCGUCCAUGUCGCUCCCGUUCCCGCUUCCGGGCGCCGCUCAGCCGGCCGUGCCGUUCGGCAGCGCGCUCCCUGUGCCCAUGCUGCCCAUCCCGGCCCCGGCGCAGCGCAAGGCGACGCCGCCGCCCAAGCCGAGGACCCAGGUAUCCUGGAACGACGCAAUGCUCGAGGCCAUGGCACGCGUCCGUCGCCACGCGGAGGAGCUGAACAGGCUGACGGGGCGCAAGCGCUCGGCGAAAGAGGAGUACGUGCUGAUGCGGGAGGCCAUCGUGACCGCGAACCCAGCCAUCGCGACCCUGCUGCCCGUCGAGGACGCGCAGGAGAAGAAGGCCACGUACGACAAGAUCGCCGCGCGCUUCACGGACCUGCUGUGCAAGACGAAGGAGGCGAACAUGCAGGAGCGGCCCGGCAAGGUGGACGCGGCCGGCAACUACUUGACGUUCCCGAUCCCGGUGCUCGGCACGCCCGAGGCGCAGAAGGCGAUGCAGGAGCACUCCGUUGUGCGGCACCACAGCGCCGCGCUCGUCAAGGCGCCGGGGCCGAACGGCACCCCCGUGAUCAUUGCCAAGGCGCCGUACAUCGCCGUCCUGCAGCAGUGCACGAAGUACGAGCCUCCGAAGGUCCAGGACGCGGGCGAGGACGCGGCGACGCCGCAGGGGGCGGGCCCCGCGGCGGCGCCGGCGCAGGCGCAGACGCCGACCACGACGGCGGUGCUGCACGUCGCGGGCGGGGCGGACACGCCCGACGAGCCGGAGAGUUCCGAGCCGGCUGCGAAAAGGCAGAGGCGGGGCGGCGAGGGCGAGCAGGGCGCCGGGGGUGUCGACUACGAGGAGGUGGUGCGGCAGAAUGCCGACAUGAUGCGGGUGAUGAACCAGGUGCUGCAGCCGCUGGCGAACAGCAUGGAGAAGCUCGCGGGCGUCGUCGGGCGGCUGAACGCGCGCGUGGACGCGGCGGGGCUCUGA